UGAAAGUAGUAAGUAACGUAGUGUGAUUCGAUUACAAAAAUCAUUUAAUCCACCAAUUUUCCCAAAAAUAAAAAACCAGAUGUUUAUUUAUUACACGAUAUAAUUAGAACUUCCUUUUGACAUUCGACAAGUGCUCGUACUAUCGAUAGAAGUCCUUCAAAUCCAAGCGAAAUUAUCUCUGCCUGUUGCAGAUUGCAGACAGUUCAGUCGAUCUACGCGUUUUGUGUACUAGCGUUCCUCAUUUUUCGAUGUUACACGCAUAGCGGUAUCUUAUGCAUUUUAAUUGAUUCGACUUUUACCAUUUACUGAUAUUCGUUCUGUCGUAUUGAUCAUGGAUGAUCAAAGUAAGAAGUUUCUUAUAAGAGACUUGGACCAAUUGAUCGACAAGCAUUUGCCCUGUGAUCAGUCACGUAUAGUGUCUACAGAAUAUUCGAAUUUUAUAGCUCUGGAUGAUUAUGGAUGCAUGGGAAUGACAUUAGAGUUUGUAUUAAUCAAUACUACCACUGGUGAAGAAUGGACAUUGCAUACUAUAGCAAAGAAGAUAUCCGAAAAAAACGACGUUAAAGACAUGUUCAAUGUCAAAACAACGUUCAAAAAAGAAAUAGGACUGUACAUGAUAGCCAGAAAUGCUCUUAAUAAAUUUUUAAAAUCAAAAGGAGAGGAUGCUAUCGAAUGUAUUUCAACACCUUUUGGAGGAAGAUUCAAUCUAAAUGGUUUCUGCAAUUCCGUGGACGAGGACGCAGUUCUCAUCUUGUCAAACUUGAAAAAAUACGGUUUCAGAAGGUUGGACCAAAGAAUCGGUUUGGAUUUGGAAUGCGCAAAAAUUGUGCUUAAGGCGCUUGCGCAUCUUCACGGUAGCGCGUUGGGCAUGAAAUUGCUAGAACCGGAAGCUUUCGAACAAAAAGUUAUGCCUUAUCUUUCUGAUUGCUAUAGUUCAAGAAGUUUUCAUAAAAUAACAAGAGACCAAAUGAUUGAAGUUUUAAAAGAAGAAAACUUUUCUUCCGAUAUAAUUAAAAGAGCUACAAUGACAUUUGACAGGAGAAGUAUUAAAAACAUAAGAGAACCAUGGGCCACCAUUACUCACAAUAAUAUAUGGGUAAAUAACAUCAGGGUCAGAUACAAUAAUCGGCACGAACCUAUCUCAAUAAAAUUGAUAGAUUUUCGAAUUAGCGAAUACCAAUCACCAGCGAGAGACCUGCUAUUCUUCCUCUUCACCAGCGUAGAGUUGGAGACUCUUAGGAACAACCUAGACGAUCUCAUAGAUUUCUAUUACCACAACGUCAUUUAUCUACUCCAUAAGCUGCAACUAGAUACGCGGUACUUUACCAGAUGGUCGUUUAACGAAGAGCUAAGGAUUGCUGGCAGGCAAAGUGAGUUCUUCAAGAUCGUCUCAAGGCUUUACGCAGUUUUGGACAACGAGCCAGAACUUACACACGGAUCUCAAGGAAAAAUAGUUGAUGCGAUACACAGAGACAGAUUGUGUUACAUUGUUAGGGAGUUCGACAAGAGGAAUUGGUUAAGCAUUUAAGUAGAAAUGUAUAUCUUUUUUAUAUUUUUUUAUUAUAACUACAGUUAAGGCUUUCUGUUUAAUAUAAUAGUUUGACAAACAACAAAAUAAUAACA